GCCACUUACAUUUUCUAACGAGUCGAAGCGGAAUUGCACUGCCCUGGUUUUAACGGGAAGCCAGAGAAAUGGAGGCGGAAGGAGUCGGAAGGACAAAAACUAUUGUUGAAGAAGACGAUGAUGACCCACCAAUGUUAAGUUCUCAAGCUCUGGAAGCCUUGAAAGAGUUUAUGAACGAACGACAACAGAGCAAUGUUGACGGUUCCGUAGAGACCGAAAGCUCUGAAGUUGCUCUAGUGGCGGAGGAUUGGAGGUUGAGUCAGUUUUGGUACGAUCGAGAAACCGCGGCGGCCGUAGCCGAGGAGGUUGGCCAUCUCAGUAUAACUAAGGCUUCCUCGAUCGCUUGCAUUGCUUGCCCGACCCUCUACGCGUAUCUCAAGAAAUAUUAUCCCAAUGUCUCUGUGCAACUACUUGAGUAUGACAAACGUUUUGAGCAAUAUGGAAGCGAUUUCACUUAUUAUGACUACAACCAACCCAAAGAGUUACCACUGAAAAUGAAGCAUGCUUACAGAGUUAUUGUUGCAGAUCCUCCAUACUUGAGCAAGGAGUGUCUGGAGAAAGUUGCUCAAACAAUGACAUGUCUUGCACAGCCAGGGGAAUGCUACUUACUUCUGCUCACAGGGGAAGUGCAGAAGGAGAGAGCAGCUGAGCUGUUGAACUUGCAUCCAUGUGGUUUCAGGCCUCAGCACUCUAGCAAGCUUGGAAAUGAUUUCCGGCUUUUUACAAACUAUGAUCCAAGGGAGAGAUUAGGUGGGUGGGAGCGAGACUAUUAGGUAACAUGGUCUAUCGACAUACACACAUACAUAAUUAAGAUCAUCUGAUCUCAUGAGUUUUGGACUACAUAAGUUGUCAUGGUAGGUUAGGGCAAGUGCAACUGAGAGGACCUUUUAUUUCU